AUGCGUGCUGGCCUCUCCCCGCCCGUCCGAAGCCAUUUGGGCUCGAGCAAGCUUGGCUCAAGCCUUGAGCAUGCCGCUCAAGCCCUGAGUAUGCCUUCGCCCGACGGCUGCAUGGGGUACGCCCGCAACCGCAGCCUCGCUGAGAUCCGCUGGUGGAGCCGAUUGCAGUGGCUAGCCAUGCUCUCUGCGGGCCUCGGCGUGCUGUACCUGCUGACGAGGCCAGAGCCCGCGCUGGCCGUGGAAGGGCAGCCAGUGAAAAAAGCCGAGCGAAGCCAGCGCAUUCCGAUGCCUCCGGUGCCCUACAGCUACGAGGGCUUCUGGGCCUGGUUCAACGGCACGAGCUUCGCGAGCGCCUCGGCCGCGUUCCAGGAGCGGCCCGACCCCAAGGAGUACGAUCUCGAUCUGGCGAGGCACGGCAAGUUCGGAGCGUGGAUGGCCGGUCCCGACGGCGAGGCUGCCGUGGGCGCGGCCAAGCGCGUGAAUCGGUACCUGUUCUCCACGGGCAUCCUGCAGGAUGGCGACUGGAGCAGGAUGGCCAACCCCGCCAUGCACCUGUACAUCCUGCGGGAGCUGCGGCCCGCGGCCGGCACGGGGCCGCGCCCCGUCUUCGUGGACGCGGGCUGCGGCACGGGCUUCCUCCUCGGGGCCUGGAGGACCAUGGUCGGUGGUGCGGCCGUGGGCAUCGAGAGCAGCGCGGACACGGCCAGCGAGGCGCAGCGCUACCUCAGCAGCGACGCCGCGUUCUCCGAGCCCACUGCGCGGGGCAGCUGCAAGGUCGUCGUCGGGGACGCCCUGCGCCCGAACCUGUCACACAUCGGACUUGCUCCCGGCACCGUGGAUGCGAUCAACGUGGGCUUCGCGGUGGACUCCGCCGAGGACCUCGCGCCGCUGAGCCGGCUGCUCCGCACAGGAGGCCGCCUGACGGCCCCGAUCUGCAAGCCCCGAGCGGAGCAGGCGCCCGGGGUGCCGGCGACCGCCUGCGACGCGCUCUUCCGGGUGUUCCAGAAGCGCGCGGAGCUGGAGGGCCUCACCGAGGAAGAGGGCGCGUCACCGGGCGUGCCCGUGCGCUUCGUCCGGGCGGUGCUGCCCAAGUCCGGAGGCGGCUUCGAGGGCUUCGGGCUGCCGCCCUCAGCGUCGCUGGCCGCCGGCCGUGGCGCGCCCCUUGCGCCCCUCCUGCGCGCCUGCGCCGCCGGCCAGGCCGCCCUGCCGACGUGCUCGGGGGCGGCCCUCGCGAGGCGGGAGGUGUUCUCCUACGCGGAGGCCACGGAGAUCCAGGCCCGCGCGCUGCCCGAGCUGCUGGAGGCCGGGCCCCGUGGCCCAGACGCGGUGCUGCGCGCGAGGGCCGGCACGGGGAAGACGCUGGCGUACCUGAGCUCGUGCGGGCGGUCACCGGAGGGUUCGAACUUCUUGUCCGUGUACGGUCUCGACCCCUUCUGGGAGCGGCUUUUCGGCCUGCAGCGCUUCUGCAGCACGUCCCCGGAGCCCUCGCAGAGCCCCGCAGAGGGCAGAGAGCGGCGGCCCCACAAAGCCAUCGAGGCCCUCGAGGCCAGAGCCUCGAGCCUGGGCGUGGAGCGCUCCCCGGCUACCGUCCUCGAGAUCUUCGGCCCUCGGGCCCUCGAGCCCUCGAUCCUCGGCUGCGUGGAGCGCCUCCUGAGCCGCCCUCCGCCCGGCGUGGGCACGCUGGUCGUCGCGCCGUCCCGGGAGCUGGUGCUGCAGAUCACGAGGGAGGUCGAGCUGCUGUGCAGCUACCACCCGUUGCAGGUGGUGCCUCUCAUCGGCGGCUCCAGGCUGGACCGGGACGAGGCGGCGAUUCGGCGGCGCCGCCCGGGGAUCGUGGUGGCCACGCCCGGGCGCAUCGUCGAGCACUUCGAAACGACGCACCGGUUCCCGUCCCUCUUCGAGGCGCUGGGGACCCUGGUGCUGGACGAGUGCGACUCCCUGCUCGACGAGCAGCACUCCGCCGUGGGUGCCCUGCUCGGCUCGCUGCCGGCGCCGCGGUCGCGGCAGACGCUGCUGGUCUCGGCCACCAUCCCGCAGCCCGUGCGGGACCUCGCCAGGCGCCUCUGCGGCCCGGGCCACCGCGUGAUCGACUGCGUGGGCGACGGGCCCGCGACGCAGGACGCCGUCGUGCAGAUGUACGCGGUCGCGCCCGCGCUGCUGCUGCCCACCGCUCUGCGGAACGCGCUGGAGCUGGAGAAGGAGGAGAACCCCUCGAGGCACAAGGCGAUCGUCUUCUUCCCGACCGCUCGGCUCGCGGCCUUCAUGGCGCGGGUGUUCCGCGACCGCCUGAGGAUGCGCGUCCACGAGAUCCACGCGCGCGUGGACGGGCCGCUGCGCAUCGUCGCCCAGCACGAGUUCGCCCAGAGCCCCUCCGGGGUCCUCUUCACCUCCGCGGGGGGGCCGGUGAGUCCGCUGGCGCCCCCCGGACCCUCGGGGGUCUCCGGCCGGGGCAUGGACUACCCCGACGUGACGCUCGUGGUGCAGGUGCUGGCGCCGGAGAGUCGAGACCAGUACGUGCACCAGGUCGGGCGCACCGCGCGCGGCGGCAAGCUGGGCUGCUCGCUGCUGCUUCUGGCGGACGCAGAGGUGGGCUUCCUGGAGCACCUGGCGGACCUGCCCCUGUCAGAGCACCCCGCCGCCCCCCGGCUGCUGCACGACGCGCGCGCGCGGCUGGCGAGCGGCGGCUGGGCUCCCGGAGGCCAGGCCUCCGCGGGCUUUCGGUCCCUGCCUCGCAGCCGAUUUUUUCUCUGA